GCAUUAGUGAGUGAACCACAACAUAACUUGUACACUGUGUUCCAGGUAGAAAUAUUGGGGCUUUCUCUUAUACUUUCUUGUAGGGCCGUAAUUAACGCUGCUUACAUGAAGGCAGGUGUUCUGAUGAUCUUAAAUCCACCAGGUUUAAAGAGAGAGAGAGAGAGAUGGCAACUCUCGAGAGGCAAGAGUUGAGUUGACUCUUGCAAUUGAGACCUGAAUUGACGUCAAUCAAGAGUGGAUGAUAGAACGCCGAAGAGUAAGAGCGCAUAACUCUAACAGACACCCAC